UCUCAUUCCUUACACACAAAUUCACCACUCAAUUCAAAAACACAUCAAACAAGCUAUGAACACCCCUAUACAAGUUUUCAAUUCUUACGACCGUCAGGCCGAUCUCGAAGCUUUCCACAAUACCAAAUUGGGAGUGAAAGGUUUGGCGGAUGCCGGCGUUUCCCAACUCCCAAGAAUCUUCUGCCACGACAAUCAAUCGGCGGCGUCCCUUAUCUCUUCCCCUGCAGCUGCGGCGGAGGAGAAAUUAGCAGGUAAAACAGACGCCAAGAAUUUAACAAUCCCCGUUAUCGAUCUACAAGAUUCUCACAAAAACAGAGUAAAAAUAAUAAACGAAAUCAAAGACGCUUGUAAGAAUUGGGGAUUCUUUCAAAUCCUCAACCAUGGGGUUCCAUUAAGCGUAAUGAAGGAGAUGAUGGCCGGAAUCCGGCGGUUUCACGAGCAAGAAGAGGAAAUGAAGAAGGAUCUGUACUCGAGAGAUUUCCAGAGGAAGAUACUUUUCAAUACGAAUUUUGAUUUGUUCAAAGGGGUGUCGACGAAUUGGAGGGACACGUUGACGGUGGUGGUGGCACCGCGUGGGGUGGAGGAGGAGGAGAUACCGGAAGUAUCGAGGGAGGCGAUAGUGGAAUAUUCGAGAAUGGUGAAGGAAUUGGGGGAUAUUUUACUUGAAUAUUUAGGGGAGGGAUUAGGAGUGGGGAGUAAUCGGUUGAAGGAAUUGGGUUGUGGAGAUGGAAUGGUAAUGUUCUGUCAUUACUAUCCGCCGUGCCCACAGCCGGAAAUGACAUGGGGAACCACAGAUCAUACGGAUAGUAGUUUUUUGACGGUGCUUUUGCAGGAUGAGUUGGGUGGACUUCAAGUCCGCCAUGAGGAUCGCUGGGUUGAUGUUCAUCCCAUCGAAGGAGCUUUUGUUGUUAACAUGGGCGAUUUCAUGCAGCUGAUGUCAAAUGAUACGUUCCUAAGUGUGAAUCAUAGGGUUUUAGCAAAUAAGAGAGGGCCAAGAAUCUCAGUGGCAAGUUUCUUUAGGUGCAAUCUUGCACCAGAAAAUGGUUUAGUUUUUGGACCUCUUAAGGAGUUAAGAUCAGAGGAAAAUCCAGACAUUUAUAGAGAAACUUCCAUCAAAGACUAUGUGGCUCAUUACUAUCACAAAGGCCUCAAUGGCAUCUCUGCUCUUGAACACUUCAAACUUUGAACAACAAUAAUAUGCAAAGUAAUUUGAAAUGUCGUCCUAUAAUUCCAUGUGUGAAAUCUCAAUAUUGUUUUCUGAUAUAUGAUGGUACAGUAGCUAGUCUGGAUGGAAAUAUCCAUCAAUAUGUUACAUAUAUCUGUAAACCCAAAGUUUCAACUUCCAUAUGUUAUAUGUUAAUAGAUAUCUUCAAUGUUAAAGAUUAUUCUAUAUAAAUACACAAAAUAUCAUGUAUUAUUCCCUUGGUGAA